AUAUCGCGUGUUGAUUAUUUAUUGUAUCCACAGAAGGGAAUUCUCAACGUCGAGGGCAAGAAGUUUAUUAUCCCCCGGGAUAAUAACAAAGUUGGAUCUUUGGCGAAUUGUAAUAUACAGCUGGAACAUCCGAGCAUUUCGAAAAUCCACAUUCGAAUUGACUGGACGAAAGUGGGACUGGUUGUCACAAACAUGACCAGCUCCGGCAAAACCUUUCUCAAUAACGUUCCGAUGAAGCCGCUGGAAGCCAAGAUGAUCAAGCGAUGGGAAACAACCUUGAGAUUGGGAGAAUUCGAGGGUCACCUGAGCCUCCACAAGAAGGCCAGGAAGAUCGCCCGGACGGCCUCGAAGAAGCUCCAACAGAGCCACUCCAACGGGCCGUGCUCAAAAUGCAGCAAGCACCGCAUUUUCAAGAUCCAAGCGGUGUUCGACGAGAAACGAAAAUUCCACCUGAAAUUCGUCAUGCCUAAGAGGAAUGUCACGAGUGGAGAUGGCGCGGGUCUGAGGAGAGCAGCUCUCCAUCGUUCUCUCUGUCAGAAUUUCUCACAUUUGAGCCUGAUUACGCCGGAAGGAGACUGAUCAUCUACUUAAUCUUGUAAUCAAUU